AUGGAUAUCAAUCUCCUGCUUUCUCCCCAAGAAACUCCUCGCGCUACUCCCGCCCCAUCUGUCAAACCUGCCUCCGCGAAGAAACCACGAAAGCCACGCACAUCCAAAGUGAAUCAACCUUCACCUCUUGUCCACACCACUCUUCCUCCCCCUACCCUACCGCAGAACGCUGUGGUGCAAGCGCAAAAUGCUGCCCCGAACUCAUCCGCCAUGGGGCCUGCUGCCUUAGGAGUGCGGAUGAGUGCUAGUAGCACAUCCCCCAGUGAUGGCGUCCGGACAAGCAGGCAGCCUUCAACACCCGGUAUGGAUACAUUAGCGGACCUGGCUUCGAUGCAACAUCAUCAGCAAACAGCACGGGCAAAUGCUGGCGGCCUGCGGAGUGCUGAGAUCUACGAUCAUUCGACUUCGUCAGCAGCAAUCCUCCCAGCUCUACAGGCAAUGUCAAGACCAACAGUCUCGAGUCAGCUAAGAGGAGGGUCUUAUGACAUGGCAAUGGCAGACGGACCAGCGGAGACCCCUUCGCCGCGAAGGUACUCAACGAAAGCUCUCUCGGAAACCGAUCUCCAGACCGUCACACAGCUGGUCGAGUACCUCGCUGCCAACCCAUUUUCUUAUGAUUCUCACUUUCAACUCAUUAAGAUUUUGCAUCAAGGCCUAUCCAACCAUUCUCAUGUCCAUUCACCCGCAUCCUACGACCUACUGCAAGAUCUACAAAGCGCAAGAGAAACCAUGAGCUCCAGAUUUGCCUUGGGAGAGGACCUGUGGGCGGACUGGAUACAAGACCAAACACUGCUCGCGAGCUCACUCGAGGAUAGGAUUUCGGUCAUGGAAAUAUGCGCAAAAGCUGUGGAAGAAGAGCCUGGCAGCACGAAACUAUGGCUGGCAUAUGGUCAAUGGAUGUUGUCACUAUACAAACAAGCACAUCCCCACGACCAGAGGGUGUCUGGUAUUGGGACGAUCCCGGCACGGCACGGAUGGUCUGAGGAAGAUAGUAUGGUGGCAAGAGAGGUCUUCAGCUGGCCGCAAAUGAUGGACGUCUGGAAGUGUGCUGAACAAGAAACAAGGUGGCGGAUCAAUGACAGUCACCUCGUCUGGGACAUAUGGACGGAGUUGUUGAUGCUAGAGCUCGCGUCAUCUCCUCUGCAAGAGGCGAUCAACGAUACGCAGUAUCACUUCAUCAAUCGUCUUCAAACGCCUCACGCAACAUGGGAUCAAACUUUUCAAGCCUACUCGAACUUCGUCUCGAGGUACGAUAAUGCACAAUACGAAGUCACGAUGGUAACAGCGAAUAGGCUGGGAUUAAAUGCCAAACAAACGUACAGUUUGCGCGAGAUUAGGGAAUUCGAAAUCAUGCGCGCGGGUGACAAGAAUGACAGAGACGCCGAAUUGAAGGCAUAUAACGACUACGUCGACUGGGAGCUCUCCCAAAGUCGGAAGAAACACAGCUUCAAGUUCGAACUUGCGAAUGCUGUUUAUCAACGGGCUACCCUUCGGUUUCCUUCCAACUCCGUGUUAUGGGAGGGCUACGCUAUGUUCCUGGUCGAGGAAAUCACAACUCAUCGUCGUCGAGAUAUAUCAGCUCUCCAAAUUCUCGACAAGGCAACCCGUCAUUGUCCUUGGUCAGGAAGUUUAUGGUCACAGUUUCUCUUGUCAGCAGAAAACAACAAUCUGCCGUUUCCCGAUAUCGGAGAUAUCAAGCACAAAGCCACAAGUACUGGUCUGCUUGAUGCUGGAGGGUUGGAGGAGGUACUCAAAGUCAGCACGGCAUGGUGCGGCUUCCUCAGACGGCGAGCUUUCCAUCAAGACUCUACAGAUGAAGAUAUGGAUGUGGCAGAGGUCGGUAUUCGUUCUGCAAUUGAGGACAUGGACAACGUGGGCCGUACGAAGUAUGGCACUGAGUACCAAGGCGAUCCAGAAUACCGCUUAGAAAAGAUCUAUAUAAGAUAUUUGACUCAGAGUCGCAAUUGGGAAGGCGCCAGAGAGUCCUGGAAAAAGUUGAUUUUGAAAAGAGGCGAUAGCUACGAGUUCUGGCUUCGUUUCUAUCUAUGGGAGAUGAACACCUGGAGCAAGCUGGUUUACGUUGAGACCGAUCCCAACGGCGGUGGACGACCCUUCAAGCCCACCGAGGCCACGAAGGUACUGCAACAAGCAUUGAGGCGGCCAAACCUAGAUUGGCCGGAAAAGAUCAUUGAGACUUUGCAACAUCAUUGUGAAGACAAUGAAGAUGCUGAGGAACUUCAGUCUUCAGUCGCACAAGUCUGGAAAGCUACAAGAGCUGUGCAGAAGAGGAGGGAGAAUGAGGCUUACGCGGCGUAUGAGAAGGCACAAGCCGAAGCGUUACAGCAACAGCAGGGGGCCCAGCAAGAUCCCGCAAGCUUUGAAGACGACAGCCAGAUUUCCAGCAAGCGGAAACGGGAGGACGUGGAUGAGGCAGGGUUCAGCAAGAGGAGUCGACCAGAUGUCGCCGAGUCAACAGAAACGCAGUUAGAAGAGCAGCAUCUUGCGGCUCCUUCGAUACUCAAACGUGAUCGUGAAAAUGCCACCGUAGUGGUGAAGAAUCUACCUCCCGAGACGACUGAGACAAGGCUGCGACAGUACUUUAGAGAUUGCGGCAUAAUAAACAGCCUGACGCUCAUGUCAGAAGGCUGA